GCGCCAUGCGUCCUGACAAAAUAUGACAAACCUCUAUGUUGUCUACAUGAUUUCGAAACCAAGCUUUUAAAACUGCAGUUUGUUUAGUCUUACAUCGAGAGCAGAAAAUAGAAAACUAAUUUAGCCUGUUCAUUCAGUAAGAUGGGAUAGAUAGGUAUUCCAACGGAACGAGGCGGUAACCAUUCAUUCCAUGUUUUCCGGCUGAUUCCAAAAUAGCCUGAACAGUAUGUAGCCGAUACACUCUAGCUAAUGUCUGCGGUCUGGAAGACUGCUGAGAGAGUUUUACUAGACCAUAAACGCAUUCCAGAAGAUGAAAAUAUGCCGACACUUGACGAACUGGUUUUGUAGAGGUUGAGUUUAGCCACAUUUCAAGUGGAAUUGGACUUGAAGAUCUUUAAUAGAGAGGCAAAAAGGACAUGCAAAGGAAACGGAUUGUAUUGGUUUGUCUGCCCUCUAGGCCUCGCUCUCUAGUCUAUUAUCUCAGCACAGUAUUCUCUCAUUAUCUUUGCGAUGCAGUUUCUCGAAAUCCAAACAAUAUCGUCAUCUCGUAAGUGUGAGGCGAAAGCGCCGACAAACGUUUAGGAACUGCUUGAAGAUAAUGUUUUUGAUGGGGAAGAAAGUGACCGGAGAUUAAUUAACGGGAUUUUCUUGACUGAGAUAAUGAGUAAUAAAUGGACAGCAAAAUAAGCUCAAGUCCAACUAACACUGACCCAGCUUAGUCUCGUGUGAAGAUAACGUAUAGCUAUUUGGUAGAGUUCUAAUUUUCUUUGUUCUAGUUUUAUUUGUACAGUUAACUGUCUUGUGCCUGAAUAUGUGGCACGACUAAUAAUUAUAGCUAUUAUUUCCAAAGAUCUUAUCAAUUUUACAUGAACGGUUUUCUGUAGAUCCUGCUCCUUGGUCAACACACACUCAAUGAGUUUACAAAGGGUCACGUGAUUGAUCUAGUAUCCAAUGAUGUUCAAAGAAUGGAACAAGCUGCCAGGCAGUUCUUUCGCCUCCUUGUCGCUAUCUUUGAUGUCUGUGUAGCUGUUCCGUUGUUAUGGUACUUCAUUGGUUGGCAGGCGCUGAUGGGAAUCAUCUUUUUGUUUCUUCUCGUUCCAUUUGGUGGCUUUCUGUCGUACCUGUCUGGAAAGCUUCGACUGAAGACCGCUGUCAUAUCUGACCGACGAAUAAAUCUCAUGACCGAGAUAGUGGCUGGAAUACGUGAAGUAAAGACGCAUGCGUGGGAGUGGGUUUUUAAAGAUAAGAUCAAGGAGACUAGAAGCGAUGAGAUGAGAAUAAUUCGUCGUAAGAGCAUUCUUUUGUCAUGUGCAAUAUCUCUGAUGUAUUCUUCAGGACUUGUUGCCACUUUUAUUUCUAUUUUGACGCUUGCCUUCAGUGGUUAUCAUUUAACGCCGUUCGUAGUUUUUACACUGCUGUCAAUUAUCAAUGUCCUCCGAAACAGUGCGCUGAGAUCUAUAGGAGAAGGGUCACAGUUUGUAUACGAGGCAUACGUCUCAUUUAAUAGAAUACAGGAAUUUCUGUUGUUGCCAAACCUUCAUGGUAUGACUGAUGCGAAACUCUUUACCAAUGUUGAUGACAAGUCAGUGGUUAAGAAGAAAGGAUUUGAAAUUGGCAAGGUAAAUAUCAAGUGUCACUUCACGUAUCUACACGAGUCCUUGAAGAAAACCGCCAUCAUAACCAAGUUUAUAGAUAUUCCAGAUAACAAAAAUCAACAUCCCUCUGUUGGAAUAACGAAUCUGGUUCCAAGCCAAACGGACAAACUGCGAAUUGUAGAGAAAGGGCAAUUGCAGGAAAAAAGAAAAAGUAGUAUCAAGUUAACCAAUGUGACUUGCAAAGUGAAUACUGAAAACACAUUCAGCUUUGAAGCAAGAGAUGAUAGUUUUGUUAUCAUAACUGGUGCAGUGGGAAGUGGAAAAUCAACGUUGCUGUCCGUAAUUGCUGGUGAGAUACCAGUUACUAAAGGGAAUAUUCAAUGCUGUGGUACCAUCGCCUACGUGCCACAGAUGCCCUGGGUUUUCUCUGGAACACUGAGAGAGAACAUUCUUUUCGGUCGGCCAUUUGAUUUCGAUAAGUACAUCCAAACCAUCAGAGCUUGCUCUUUAGAAGAAGAUAUUGAAGGAUUUCCUGAUAAGGACCAGGUUAUUGUUGGAGAACGAGGUGACACGCUGAGCGGUGGUCAGCAGGUUCGCAUCAGUUUGGCACGCGCAGUGUAUGCCGAAUGUGACAUUUACCUGUUGGACAAUCCACUCGCCGCACUCGACAUGAACGUCAGCAAUCAUAUCUUUAAAGAUUGUGUGCUUGGCUUGUUGUCAAACAAAGUUCGUUUGAUGGUUUCUCACCAAGAGUCACACAUGAAACUUGCAGAUCAAGUGAUCGUCUUGCACAACGGUUCAAUAAUCGAUAAAGGGGCAUUAAUGGACCUAAAUGAAAGGGAAGCACUAAAAGAAAUACCAGAACCCCAAAACAGUGUAGCUCAGGAAACAAAUUUGUCCCAUGAACAAAUGCCAAGUACUAAAGUGCAUUGGUCUGAUAACAAGUCGAUCAAAAGUAUGGAGAUUGCGAACGAGGAUCGUAAGAUUGGAGCAGUGUCUUGCAAGCUGUACUGGGAUUACCUAAGUGCAGGAGUGCAUCCCAUAGCUUUAGCUGGCCUGCUUGUCAUCUUUCUUGUUUCUCAAGGAGUUAUGGUUUCACCCGAUCUGUGGCUGUCCAUUCUGACGACAAUCCCUCGUGAUGACCAAACGGACAAGACCAAUCUUGUUAUCUAUGCCAGUUGUGUCGCGGCGGCUGUUCUUCUAACAACAUUACGCGCCUAUGCGUUCUUCCUGGUAGUAGUGAAAUCUUCAGAAAACCUUCACAACGACAUGGUGACAGCCAUCCUGAAAGCACCGGUUCUGUUCUUUGAUUCAAAUCCAAUUGGAAGAAUCCUCAAUCGAUUUUCUAAAGACAUUGGCUGUAUGGAUGAAGUUUUGCCCAAAACGUUCCUCUUUGCUGUCCAAAUAGUGUUGUUCGUGUUAACUGCAGCACUUGUUCCCCUGGUUGCCAAUGCGUGGCUCGCGGCAGUUGUUGUUCCGAUUACAUUAUUGUAUGUUUACAUUGCAAGGUAUUUUAUGAGGACAUCAAGAGAACUUAAGAGACUAGAGUGUUUGUGCCGCAGCCCUGUUUUGACACAGAUUUCAGAAACCCUAGACGGAUUGGACACCAUUCGAUCCCGUGGAAGACAGCAGGAGUUUGCGGACCUCUUAUACGGUUACCAAGAUACUCAUAACCGUGCAUAUUACAUGGUAUUGGCUGGAACUCGAUGGCUGGGGAUAAGAUUAGAUCUCCUCUCUGCUCUCUUAAUCGGCGCUGUAGCUUUGCUCACUGCAUUGUAUUCCCACAACAAUGCUCUGGUUGGCCUCGCUUUCGUCUACGUCUUGGAAACUUCUCACUUCACCCAGGUGUCUGUUCAACAGUCCUCAGAAGUCGAGAAUUUAAUGACGUCAGUAGAGCGAGUGAUGGCGAUUACUAAACUUGAAGCUGAACCGGGAUACCAGACAACAACACAACGACCGGAACAUUGGCCAACGAACGGAGAAAUAAACUUUACCGGAGUGUCGCUGAGAUAUUAUCCACAAGGACCAAGAGUACUGGAGGAUCUGAAUUUAAAUAUUGAUGGACAGUCCAAGAUUGGAAUUGUGGGUAGAACGGGAGCUGGAAAAUCCAGCAUCACAGCUGCUAUUCUGUGCAUGCCCGAGGUUGAAGGGCAAAUCAAAAUAGAUGGAGUAGAGCUAAACAAUUUCAACGUUCAAGAAUCUCGGAAAUGCAUCUCUGUCCUUAACCAAAGCCCUGUUGUGUUCAGUGGGUCCCUGAGAAAGAAUCUUGAUCCACUGGGAAAACACAGUGAUGUUGAAUUGUGGGAUGCACUAGAAACAGUCCAACUGAAGCCAUUGGUGGAAACCUUGCAAGGGAAGCUGGAUUGCAUAUUGAACUAUAGAGGAAUGAAUCUAAGUGCAGGCGAAAAACAGUUGAUUUGUCUCGCUCGUGUUCUCUUGCAGGAGAGUAAAAUAGUCAUCUUGGAUGAGCCGACUGCUCAUGUGGAUCCCAAAACUGAACAAAUUAUACACGAAACAAUCCGAGAAAAACUGAAAAACUCAACAGUGAUCACAAUCGCACAUCGACUCAAAACCAUUGAAGACUGUGAUAAGAUUAUAGAACUGAGAGAUGGACAGCUGAUAGUUAAUGAUGAAAUAAGAUGAAACGUUUCAACCGUUCAAGAUGUAUCCGAGAUUCGAUCCGAGGAACUCCAUACUGAUAAAAUUGCUCCAUUGCUAUACAGAAAACCGUGUGUUUUCUUUGGUUAUGCUACGUGCGCGAAAAUUUGAAACGUUCAAAACUAAGCCACAACCCGUCACAGACAUUAUAUGGAUCUCUUCACAUCAGUAUGGAGUUUUCGGUCCGGUAUCUUAGAAUUGUCUCAAGAGGGUGGAUUGAAUUAGCAACUGAAGUUUCAGCCCCUUAUAGAUUUUUGGUGCCUUCCGAAGCGCUCGAAAACAUAGUUUGCGCGCUUACUCAAUUACCGUUUUCUAUACACUUACUACGUGUCAAUCUGUCUGCAGUGAUGUGUUCUAUCACGGCGUUUCAUAAUAAAAUGUUUCUUGGCAAAUCUGGUUUUAGUAUUAUGCCUUAAUAUAUGGCAAACUGAAAACUAGUUCCCUGAGCGGUCCGAAUUUUGCAAUACGAACUGCUAAGAUGGAUCUUAUUGGUCACAAAUUAGUUUUGGCGAAUUGCAUUUUCAAAACGUCAAACUUUGUGCAGAAGAAAGCAGUUUUUUGUCAACUAGAAAUCGGUUUCCGUUAUAUUUGGUUCAGAAACUUGCAAAAAAGAACUAGACCAAUAUUCCCCAUAUACGUGAUUUCCCAAAUAUUUCCCAAAUAUU